AUGAUUCGUAUGGGAACAUUGAAUCUGGUUCAGCUAAUACAAAGGCUAAUAAAAUAUGUAUGGCCCAAGAAUCAGCCAGCGAUUCGUCGGAGGGUUCUAGUUGCCCUCUCAUUAUUGGUGGCUGCAAAGCUAGCGAAUGUGUCGGUUCCAUUUUUGCUGCGUGACAUCGUUAAUUACUACAAUGGAAAAGCUCCCGAAUUUCUAAAGCUAACAUUUGAUGGAACGACAUCACAAACUCUAUUCACUGCUGGAAUAUGCACUAUUAUUGCUUACGGACUCGCUCGUACUACUUCAUCGGCUUUCAAUGAACUGCGCAAUGCGGUAUUUGCGAAAGUCGCUCAAAAUUCUGUCAGAAGUAUUUCUCGAUCGAUUUUUCUUCACUUACAUUCGCUCGACCUUUCAUUUCAUUUGAAUCGACAAACUGGCGCUUUAUCGAAAGCUAUUGAUCGUGGAACUCGCGGAAUGAGUUUUGUAUUAUCAUCAUUAGUAUUCAAUCUUCUUCCAACCGCGUUCGAGAUUGGAAUUGUUUCGGCGUUGUUCACAGGAACAUUGGGCACAGAGUUCGCCUAUAUGACCAUGGGAAGUAUUGGAAUGUACGCGGUGGCGACACUUGGAAUCACACAAUGGAGGACGAAAUUUCGACAUCAGAUGAAUCAGGCUGACAACGACGCCGGAAACAAGGCGGUCGAUUCGCUUAUCAAUUAUGAAACUGUGAAAUAUUUCAAUAACGAAAAAUUUGAAGCGGAUCGCUAUGAUUUCUUCUUGAAAAAAUAUGAGGACGCUUCACUGAAAACCACGUCAUCAUUGGCGCUUCUCAAUUUCACGCAGAACGCAAUUUUUUCGGCUGGCCUCAUUGGAGUGAUGUGCCUUGCUGGAAAUCGAAUUGCCGCCGGUGAAUUGACCGUUGGAGACUUGAUAUUGGCCAAUACUCUUCUUUUCCAGUUAUCGAUCCCAUUGAACUUUUUAGGUUCUGUUUAUCGCGAAGUUCGACAGGGACUUGUUGAUAUGAAUCAAAUGUUCUCGCUUCUCACACUUCAACCGAAAAUUGUCGAAUCGCCCAACGCCAAAGAAUUGAAAAUCAGCGGAAACGAUAUUUCGAUAAAAUUUGACAAUGUUUUCUUUGGCUAUUCCGACGAGAAGCCGAUUCUCAAUGGGCUUACGAUUGAGGUGCCGCAUGGGAAGAAGGUUGCGAUUGUUGGCGGAAGUGGAUCGGGAAAAUCAACAAUUGUCCGGCUGCUUUAUCGUUUGUAUGACGCUGAUAGCGGAAAAAUUAACAUUAAUGGAGAGAACAUUGGCGAUUUGACAUUGAAUUCCCUUCGGCAAAACAUCAGCAUUGUUCCGCAAGACUCGGUUCUUUUCCAUGAUACAAUUUAUUAUAAUUUGGCGUAUGGAAGGCCGUCGGCGUCAAGAGAAGAAGUGAUGAAUGCGGCGAAAAUGGCGGAUCUUCAUGAUUCGGUGUUAAGGAUGCCGAAUGGCUAUGAUACACUUGUCGGCGAGAGGGGUCUGAAAUUGUCGGGCGGUGAGAAGCAACGCGUUGCGAUUGCGCGAGCCAUUUUGAAAGGCUCGCCACUUGUCGUUUAUGAUGAGGCGACGUCGUCAUUAGAUGCCAUCACUGAAUCGAAUAUUAUGAAAUCGCUGAAAAAUGCCGUCCAAAAAAGCACUACACUUUUUAUUGCUCAUCGAUUGGCUACGAUUGUCGAUGCUGACAUAAUUUAUGUAUUAGAGAAUGGUCGUGUUCUUGAAAAAGGAUCGCAUUUUGAUCUACUUUCCAAAAAUGGGCUCUACGCAGAAUUGUGGAGGUCUCAAAACAUUCAUGGAGUUCAGCCGAAAGAGAAGAAAACCAGCGAUGAGAAGGAUUUGCUGCUCGAAUUGGAUCUAGACAAAUGCUGCGGAAGCUCGGGAUGCAAUCGAUAG